CAGGCAUGCGCAUUGAGAACACACGUGCUGUCCUCUGAAGUAGAACAUCGGAGAUGGCGGACGUAGAAAUGAACUCUGCUAAGAAGCAGAAGAAAAAGAAGGAAAAGAGAGUUGCUGAUGAUGAAGUUGGAGAUAUUCAAGAGAGUGGGGAUUUCCUCAUCAAACCAGAGUCCAAAGUUCCAAGUCUGGACACAUCGCAGUGGCCUUUGCUGCUGAAAAAUUUUGACAAACUCAAUAUACGGACGGCUCAUUACACACCUUUACCAAAUGGUUCAAACCCUUUGAAGAGAAACAUCCAGGAUUAUGUCAGGUCAGGCUUCAUCAACUUGGACAAACCUGCCAAUCCCUCCUCACACGAGGUGGUGGCCUGGAUUCGCCGUAUCCUACGGGUGGAGAAGACUGGGCACAGUGGCACCCUGGAUCCCAAGGUGACCGGGUGUCUCAUUGUCUGUGUGGACAGGGCUACACGCCUGGUCAAGUCCCAGCAGAGUGCAGGCAAAGAGUAUGUGGGAAUUGUUCGGCUGCACAAUGCUAUUGAGAAUGAGCAUACGCUUGCUAGGGGUCUUGAGACGCUCACAGGAGCUUUGUUCCAGCGACCCCCUCUCAUUGCAGCUGUUAAGCGCCAGUUGAGAGUGAGAACCAUCUAUGAAAGUAAACUCAUCGAGUAUGACCCGGAAAGGAGACUGGGUAUUUUCUGGGUGAGCUGUGAGGCUGGGACUUACAUCCGAACCCUGUGUGUCCACCUCGGUCUCCUCCUGGGUGUUGGUGGACAGAUGCAGGAGCUGAGGAGAGUUCGCUCUGGAGUUUUGGGCGAGAGGGACAACUUGGUGACCAUGCAUGACGUGCUGGAUGCUCAGUGGCAAUAUGACCACAACAAAGAUGAGACGUACCUGCGCAGGGUCAUCUACCCAUUGGAGAAGCUUCUAGUGUCUCACAAACGCCUGGUCAUGAAAGACAGUGCAGUAAAUGCCAUCUGCUACGGGGCUAAGAUCAUGUUGCCGGGUGUCCUGCGGUAUGAGGAUGGCAUUGAGAUUAACCAAGAUAUCGUUGUUAUAACCACUAAAGGAGAGGCCAUUUGUAUUGCGACUGCCCUGAUGACAACUGCAGUGAUCUCCACAUGUGACCACGGGGUGGUGGCCAAGAUCAAGAGGGUCAUCAUGGAACGUGACACCUACCCCCGCAAGUGGGGCCUGGGGCCCAAGGCCAGCCAGAAGAAAAUGAUGAUCCAGAAAGGCCUGCUGGACAAACACGGCAAACCAAACGGCAGCACUCCCUCUGACUGGAAGGAAGGCUACGUAGACUACAGUGCAUCCAAGCCUAAGGCUGAAGGAAACGGUGAAGCAAAGAGGAAGCGAGAAGCCAGUGACAGUGAGAGCGAAGCAGCAACAACAACCCCAGCCCCUUCGACUCCAGCAGAAGACAGUAAGAAGAAGAAAAAGAAAAAAGACAAAAAGCAGAAACUAGAGAUGGAGGCAGAGGAGCCAGCAGCUGAGGCAGUAGCAGAUACAGAUGGAGAGGUUGGUGAAAGUGCCAAGAAGAAGAAGAAAAAGAAAAAGAAGGAAGCGGAGUCCGAGUAAAGAGCUCUUCAUGCUCAUGAUGGACAAUGAAUGGACCAUAGACCGCAAGGGUUGCAAUGAGUGCCUGCAUAUAUUUACUCUACAGAUGAAACCGCUGCUAGAGGCAGCAGGCCCAGCAAGAACCUGGAGAUGGCUACUUUUAUUUUUGUUUCACAGCGGUGGCAGAUUUCUGGGCCACAGAAACCAGGGGCUUUGACUGGUUAGUCUGAUGGUCGAGUGGUUAAUGGUUUUACCAGCUCAUCCACCCCUGUAAGGACAGUGUUUUGGUACAUUGUAAGUACUGACCCUGUGUUGAUCUGUUCUCUCUGGUUGUACCUUCGCUGUCAAAUGCCCUUUUAUAUUACUGUAAAUACAGAAGUGACUAAUCAUGAAUUGUAAUUUGAAAUGAACAUGUUUUUGUAAAGCUGUCUUGUCCUUUU